CCCCGACCGCGGCGCGCCGCGCCGCGCACUCCUUUCUGAGCGAGUCCCUCCCCUGCUCCCCGCGCGACGACCCCCGCGCGCCCGCCGCGUCGGACUCGCCCCACCGCGCCGGCGCCGCGCUCGCGCCUGCGUCACGGACGCGCAGCAUCGGGCGCGCGCGGCAGGGGCCCGGCGGCGGCGGCGGCGGGGGCGGCAGUGGCAGCGGCGGGGGCAUUAGUCAGGUGUCCGCGUCUCUGGACUCUCUGGCGUUCAGGCGGGCAGUCCGGGAGGAGGCGGAGGCGGCGCCCUCGUUCCUAUCACAGGUGUGGCCCCGCGCCCCCUACCCGCCCUGCCCCUGCAUGGUUGGCUGGCCGAGGCCUGAGCACAAUCAGUAG